UAGACCUAAGGUGUUAGCCAAGAGCCACAUUUGGAUAUUGUGUAACAUAGGAAAAGAUACAGCAAUGGCACGCCUCAACCGGCCUGCAGCGGUGGAAGUCACCUACAAGAACAUGCGAUUUCUCAUCACCCACAACCCCACCAACGUCACCCUCGAUAAAUUCAUCGAAGAGCUUAAAAAAUGUGGUGUGACCACUGUAGUCAGAGUCUGCGAAGCUACUUAUGACAAGGUGCCUGUUGAAAAAGAAGGAAUCGCUGUACUGGAUUGGGCCUUUGACGAUGGAGCACCUCCUCCCGGCAAAGUGGUCGAUGAUUGGAUUAACCUUCUCAAGGUCAAGUUCAGAGAGGAGCCGGGGUGUUGCAUCGCUGUGCACUGUGUCUCUGGACUUGGCAGGGCACCGGUCUUGGUGGCUUUGGCUCUGAUUGAGUGUGGCAUGAAGUAUGAAGACGCUGUCCAUUUCAUUAGGCAGAAGCGUCGAGGAGCCAUCAACAGCAAGCAGCUUCUGUACCUGGAGAAGUAUCGUUCUAAGAUGCGUCUUCGAUUUAAGGAUACAAAUGGACAAAAGAACUUGCCAAGCCACAAGCUUUGCUAUAAUUCACUGUUGGCCAUUCAGAUUGAUGUGUGGUUCGAUGUUGUGUACAACGUGCCUGGCUGGUUACUUAUUGGAGCAUGAGUAAUUUUUAUUGGGAUGUGUUUAAAAACACGUCCUGGGGAUUAGGGGCAUUGUAGUGAAAGUAGGGCUUUGAAGUGUUUGUUGGUUGUUUAUCGUUCUAUUUAAACUUUGAAAUCAAGAAGCAAAUUGACCCCAAGGAUUACAUAUACAAUGACAAUUUGAAUAAUGUUAUUUACCAGGUAUAAUUUACAAUGCUGUAAGGUCUUUAUAUUUUUUUCUAACUUUCUACAGUUCCAUGUUGCCUAAACUUGGUCAUUGCCAUUUUUCAGAAACAAAUUUCACUUUAUAACUUAUGUGUGCGUGUAAUUUUUAUGGGCAAACAUUAAAAUAUAGCACUUUUCUGGCCUUCCGUCCAUUACCUAUCACUUUAAAUCACUAGUUAUUAUUUGUACCUGCUGCCAUAAUUGAUAUAUUUGUGUAAACAUUUUUUUGCACAACUCCUGCUUCUUCCAAAACGUUUAUUUAAAGUGGUAAAUAUGUAAUAAAAUCUAUUUUGCAGAACAGCUGCACUUUUCACACAUCGGGCACAAGAGUGUUUCAUUGAUAUAAGCUUUAUGAUGAUUUCUGUUAAUAUUGGUUAGGAAAACAUGUUUUUUUUCUUUCAAAAAUGUUGGACAAUUUUUUGCCUGUAGCAGAUAUGACAGGUCAAUCAUCUGAUCUUUAACCUAAAAUUGUCAUUAAACCUGGCUUGUGUACACUGAAAUUAAAGCAUUUUUGCUAUACAAUUUAAGACGUAUUUUUGGAAUUCACCUACUUUGGAUUUUGUACACUUGAUUCCCAAUUGGCAACCAAAUGUUACACUAACACAGAGUACAAAUUAUACGAGUUCAACUAAAAUUACAAUUUUACUUACUAAUUACUGUUGUAAGCAACAUUUGGUUGAUGGUUGUUAUUGCAUGCUUAUUGGCAAUUGUAGAUUUCAUGUUUAGAAGUGCAAUGUUGUUUAAGUGAGCAGCUGUAGUGAAUUUGUUGUAUUUGGCAAUAUUUAAUAAAAAAUAAGUGAAGUUUCAAGCCUGAAUAAAA